AAAUAAUAGUUUAAUCUCUGAUAUAACAUAAAAAUAACAAAUAAUACUUCAAUUCUGGUCAAAUUGAAAUUUCUAAUACAAAACUGUGAAGGAAGAACCGGAAUACAAAUUAUUUUCAUUAUUCACUGACAGCAACUGAACACCUCAAACUCACGCAUAGAAAACAAUGUCAUUUCGUGUUGUACGAAGUUCGAAAUUCCGCCACGUCUAUGGCCAAGCACUGAAACGUGAACAAUGCUACGAUAAUAUACGCGUUUCAAAAAGUAGUUGGGACUCAACAUUUUGUGCGGUAAAUCCAAAAUUUUUAGCCAUCAUUGUCGAAUCAGCAGGAGGCGGAGCAUUUAUUGUCCUUCCUCAUAAUAAAGUUGGUCGUAUAGCAGCAGAUCAUCCACUUGUCGGAGGACAUAAAGGUCCUGUAUUAGAUAUUGCUUGGUGUCCGCAUAACGACAAUGUAAUUGCUUCAGGAUCAGAAGAUUGUGUUGUAAAAGUUUGGCAAAUACCAGAUGGUGGCUUAUCGCGCACAUUAACAGAACCCGUCGUCGACUUAGUAUUUCAUCAGCGACGUGUGGGGCUUGUGUUAUGGCAUCCCUCAGCCUUAAAUGUAUUACUAACAGCUGGUUCAGAUAAUCAGGUGGUCAUUUGGAAUGUUGGAACUGGUGAAAUUUUAGUACAUAUCGAUUCACAUCCAGACAUUGUGUAUAGUGCCUGUUUUAAUUGGGAUGGCUCAAAAUUAGUAACUACUUGUAAAGAUAAAAAAAUACGUAUAUAUGAUCCACGUAGCGGAGAAAUUGAAAGUGAAGCAUUAUGUCAUGAAGGUUCAAAAGCCACACGUGCCUUGUUUCUGCGUCAUGGACUUAUCUUUACAACAGGUUUUAAUCGUUCCUCCGAAAGACAAUACUCAUUACGUGCACCAGAUGCUCUGAAUGAACCAAUUGUUAUGGUAGAAUUAGACACAUCAAACGGUGUUAUGUUCCCAUUAUAUGACGCUGACACAAACUUAAUAUAUCUCUGUGGUAAAGGUGAUUCAGUUAUACGAUAUUUUGAGAUUACACCAGAGCCACCUUUUGUGCAUUAUAUUAACACAUUUCAAACACCGGAUCCUCAGCGUGGUAUUGGUAUGAUGCCAAAACGUGGCUGUGAUGUCACAACAUGUGAAAUUGAUAAAUUUUACCGCCUCAAUAAUAACGGCCUUUGCCAAGUUAUAUCAAUGACAGUACCGCGCAAAUCUGAUCUUUUCCAGGAAGAUUUAUAUCCAGACACACUUGCUGAAGAUGCUGCACAAACUGCGGAAGAUUGGAUAGCUGGAAAGGACGCCGAUCCAGUCACAUUUUCCCUAAAAGAUCGUGUUUCUAUUGUACAGGGUGGUUACGUCUCACAAUCCGCCAAUAAAUCACUAUCGGUGACGAAGAAAGCGAAUAUACUGAACAAAUCCACGGCGGGCACAUCAAAAAGUGCCAGCAGUAUGGCAAUUGGAGGAAAUCAUACAGCAAGCAAUAAUAACAAUUCAAGUGGACCUACACAAAUAGGAAUAACGGAUAAGGACCUUCGGGACAUAACGGACGAAAUACGGAAACUUAAAGCAAUUAUUGUGAAACAUGAAAAUCGUAUACGUGCUCUGGAAGCAACGAUACGUUCACAGAAUGAAGCGGACGCUAUCGAUGCGGCCAAAAGUCAGAUCGGCAACAACAGCAGCAGUGACGCUGUCAAAUCCACCCCAGAAAGCAACAACAAAGAAGAUAAUGAAAGUGCCAAUGAUUAUAGCCACACCUCCGCGCCAGAUGAAGUCUGAAUGUAAACUUAAAAGUGAAUUUAGCACUGCGACGCUUUUGAUAAUUUUAAAUAUAUAUAUUUUUUUUUUAAAUUAAUUUAUUAUACAUAUUUGUAUUUGAUAUAGUGAGAAAAAUGAAAAUAUUGUAUUAAAAAAUGAGAAGAACUAAAAUACCUAAAAUCCAUAAUUAAUUUUUGUUUUUUAUUAGAAGUUGAACUCUCUUCUUUAAAGUCUACUUUAUUUUCACACUGAAUCGACAAUAUUUUAAUGAUAUCAACUUCUGUCGAAACGAAACAAUUUUUCUGUAUGUAAAUUCGUCCUACAAUAAAUAAACUACAUUUAUUAACAUAUUAAAUAUUAAAAUUUGUAUAUUUAAUAAGAUAAAAUGAGAAUUAAUUUUUU